AUGACAGGCAAACAAUCAGCUGAUCUUAUGACAGGACCGCUCAUAAAUGGGACAUGUAAGGAGAUUGAGGAGGCACAACAUGUUUAUGAGAAGGUAUGUGCGGUGGCGGUACCAAGGGAUGGUCGACGGGUUGUCACUGGUGGUGGGGAUUGCGAUUGUGCAGAGUUGAAAGGCUGGGAGAUUGAGACUGGGAUUGUUAAAAAAUUUCAAGGACACUCAAUGGAGAUCAGCUGCAUUGAUAUCUCUGCGGACAGCAAGCUACUAGCGAGCGGGGCAGGAGAUGUGGCACGAAUAUGGAACCUGGGCACUGGCAAACAGGUGGCUGGACCAUUCGAGACCGUUGAUUGUGUGGGCACAGCUCGAUUCUCAACAGACUCAAAGAAGGUUGCAGUGAACUUGUGGACGGGGAGCCGCCUUGAGGUCUGGGAUAUCGAAACACAAAAGUUGGAUGUGAGAGUAGGGGAGUCCCGUGGAAGACUCGGACGAACUACAAAUGUGCCCGUGUUCUGGACAAACAGAAACAAAAACAUUAUAGCUACAUUCACCUUCACGGAUGACCACGCCAACACGAUCUAUGAGUUUGACACGUCGACGCUGGAGACUAUCGGAUCUCCCUUUGAAGGGCACACCAAACUUAUCACCGGUCUGGCACUUUCACAUGAUGGCGUUGUCCUUGCUAGCGCUGCCGGAGACGACACCAUCAAGCUCUGGGCUGUCGAGUCCCGCCAGCUCCUCGCUUCCUUCGACGUUCAGAACCCUUUUACCCUUAUCUUCUCACCUGACGCACGUCAACUAGUUUAUACGACUUAUUCCGCGAUCAUUGUAUGCAACACUCCUCCUGACAUCCUUGCUAGUGCACGUAAAAGGGCAGCCCUCGGUAAUCUACUAAAUUCCGACGCAACUCGUCGACCUCCUGCCUUGCCUCGCAAUCUACUGAUAUUGCCUAGUCCACAAAGACCUCUGUCUACUGUAAACACGCAGCAACCCAUCUUCCUUCGCCUCAGCAACCUCCUUCACUUCACUUCUCGCACGAAUGCAGUUCCCAAUGUCCAACUUCGUAAUCCACUAGAUUUCGAAAUAAGUUCUCCACCUCGCACCUCGAAUGCUCCAGUCACACAGUUUCUACGACAGCACCUGUCGUUUCUCGUGCCAAGACAUAGCCAUGUGCAACCAGUUGUUGAAGUUGCACCGGGACGGAAGUUCACUCGGCUUGCUGCUGCCAAUUUCCCAGAAUAUAGGAAAGUCGAUGACACCCGACAUCUGUCUGGACAGCAGGCGGGAGUGCCGCAGGAUGUCGACACAUCUGACAUUGAUUCACUCCCAGACGUGCAUUGGGUCAAGGCGUUCCUGUGCUACUAUUCAUGCUGGUCCCAUGGCAGACUGAGGAAGCCUCCUCGAUGGCGCUUGGAGCGUGUUGAUAUACCCCGUCGGGAUAGCACGACAAAUACUAGUAGUGGACGUAAUGGUGCUCAUGGUCGCAGUUAA